AUGGGUGAUAACCAGCAACAGAAGUAUGGGUCAAACAUGAGUGGUGGACAGACAUCAAAGGCCACUGUGAUCCCAGCAAAGAAGAAGCAUGUGUCAACUAUGAUGGUUAAGAGGCAGGAAACGUAUCAAGCAAUAGAAGAUCUGAUGGGUGAUAACCAGCAGAACUAUGGGUCGUCAAACAUGAGUGGUGGAGAGACAUCAAAGGCCACUGUGAUGCCAGCAAACAGGAAGCAUGUUUCAACUAUGAUGGCUGAGAAGACCGUAAAAGUGAUUGCAUCAGCUACAAAACAUAUCAAGAACAAGAAUAAGAUAAAUCCCGGGAAUCAUGGUUCUUGA